AUGAGUUCGAUAGGAGUCGUAGUGUUUCGUAAUUCACCUAUUAGCAAGACGCAGGUGCUUCAGGAAUCUGUGAAUAAUACCGUGAACAUAACAAGUAACGAUACGAAUCCAAACAUUGGUGAAAUAAUUAUUGUAAGAAAGAAACAUAAGAUUACAUCUCCAAACACGAUAUCAGUGAAAUCAUUAGUGCGCGCAUCAGAUACAGUGAAUACAUUAUCAAAACGAUCCCGAAUUCGCGAAAAUGCACCAGAAGAUACUUCAAGAUCACCAACGCCUCUUGCAGUGGCCCGAAGAAAUGCGCGGGAAAGGAAUAGAGUGCGUCAAGUUAAUGACGGUUUUGCUGCCCUGCGCCGUCAUAUACCAGACGAAGUAGCAGCGGCUUUUGAAAAUGCAAAUUCUAACAGAGGGCCCAACAAAAAACUAAGUAAAGUUGAAACUCUACGUAUGGCUGUCGAAUAUAUACGAAACCUCGAAAGCUUACUCAAUAUUGGACAUGCUGAUAAAGAAAACAUGUCUAGACCAUCUAUGGAAUCAUUUCCUUCUCCAGCCUCAUCUUCACCACGUGAGAAUAGUCAGGAAAGAAGUUAUUAUACACUUCAUUCUCCAGCUAUUGAAGAUGAAGAUAUUGAUGACGAUGAGUUAGACGGCUCACUCCAAUUACACCAACAGUCAUACAUGGAACUACCGGCUUCAGAAACUUUUCAACUAGUUUCUACACCUCACUUAUAUGAUGAAGAGGAAUGUCUUGGUCAACCUUUAACUCCAUCAUCAGAUCUUCUUGGUCAUGAAGAGAAUCCGCAUAUUUUAGAUGGUCAUUUUCCUUUUCCGAAUUCGGCUGAGCAGUUCACAGUAAUAGCCGAACGAAAUUACUGUAGUGAAUCAGAAGUGGCAUUAAAUGAAAGUGACUUUGAAGUUAAAUACGCUGAAUCUAUUCAUCGGCAGAUCCAUAACGACUUUGAAAAUCACACUGAACUCCCCUUAGAGGCCAUAAACCCCGACUUAAUUUUAUCUCAUAACCAAUAUAACCUCAAAGAGGACGAAAACAACUAUGUUGAAAACCAGCCAUAUAGUGAAGUGGAACUAAAGAAAGAACUUCCUGAAAUUCAGGUGACACCAGAAGAUAGAGAGCAGUUUGAGGAAACUUUAAAAUGGUGGCAAGAAAAAACCAGACAAAGCCGUCCUAUUGUGAAAACAAAGAAUAAUUAG